GGGGAGGAAUAUAAAGAAUAAAAAACCAAAGGGGGAAAGACAUAUAUAAUUGAGUAGAGAGAGAAGGCAUAAGAAACUACGCAGAGAGAGAAAGUAAAAGAUUAAAGAAAGCUAGCUUUGGGAACAAUAGAGAUAGAAAAAGGGAAGCUUUGUGAAGAACAAGAAGAAUAACAAAGAAAUAUAGAGAGAGAGAGAGAAGUGGAAGGGAGAAGGGGGCUUGGGUUUCUAGAGAGAGAAAGUAGUGUGUCUGAAAGGUGUAUCUGUAUAGGGGGCAGUUAAAAGUAGAAUUGCAGCAUUUGGUCUCUGCAAUCCUCAACAUCCCUUCCUUUUCCAAAGCUCCUCUUGUCUCCCCUUACAUCUUUCUCUCUCUACCGCAUUUUCCGGCCACACUUCCCGCCGGGAACUCCCUCCCUCCGAUUCCGGUUAAACACCGUCUCUUUUGUUUAAUACAAUAGUAGACUAGCUUGGGACUUCUUUUUCUUUGCCUUUUCCUAGUGGGGGGAGCUUAGGGAAAAAAAAAUAUUAAAAAUCUAUGUUUUGAUAAAUCAAGAUUCGUGCUUUGUUGCCGGAGUUGGGGUGUCGGAGCUCCGAUUUACUGACGGCGGAUAUGAAUCUCCGGUGAGGGUUAUCUGGGUGUUUGUUUGCAGCUCGGAAAGUGAGUUUUUUUUUUGGCGGUUGAAGUACUGCUGCAAUGAAGACUCCACCGCCGCCGGCUAACUCCAACCCACCUGAAGCAGCUGAGAAGAAGAGCAUAAACCCAGAACUAUGGCAGGCCUGCGCCGGACCGCUGGUGAACCUGCCGGCGGCCGGGACCCACGUCGUCUACUUCCCUCAGGGCCACAGCGAACAGGUUGCUGCGUCUAUGAAGAAAGAUGUGGAUGCUCAAAUUCCGAACUACCCCAACCUUCCCUCAAUGCUAAUAUGCUACCUCCAUAAUGUCACCCUGCAUGCUGAUCCAGAAACCGAUGAAGUAUAUGCACAGAUGACACUUCAACCUGUUCCUUCGAUUGACAAGGAAGCAUUGUUAAGGUCAGAUUUAUCUACGAAGGUGAACAAGCCACAGACCGAGUUUUUCUGUAAGACCUUGACGGCUAGUGAUACGAGUACUCAUGGAGGUUUCUCUGUACCUCGUCGUGCUGCUGAGAAGAUUUUUCCUGCUCUUGAUUACUCGAUGCAGCCACCUGCUCAAGAACUGGUUGCUAGGGAUUUGCAUGACAAUGUCUGGACUUUUCGCCAUAUAUAUCGUGGGCAACCAAAACGCCACUUGCUGACAACGGGGUGGAGCCUUUUUGUCAGUGGAAAGAGGCUUUUUGCGGGUGACUCGGUGUUGUUUAUUAGGGACGAAAAGCAGCAGCUUCUCUUGGGCAUAAGGCGGGCAAAUAGGCAGCCUACCAACCUAUCUUCAUCAGUGUUGUCGAGUGACAGCAUGCAUAUCGGGAUCCUAGCUGCUGCGGCCCAUGCAUCUGCAAACAACAGCCCUUUCACGGUGUUUUAUAACCCAAGGGCUAGUCCUUCAGAGUUUGUUAUCCCUUUGGCGAAGUACUACAAAGCAGUUUAUGGCAACCAAGUAUCCCUUGGUAUGCGGUUUCGCAUGAUGUUCGAGACAGAGGAAUCGGGAACCCGAAGGUAUAUGGGCACCAUUACUGGCAUUAGUGAUUUGGAUCCGGUGAGGUGGAAGGGUUCACAGUGGCGUAAGUUGCAGGUUGGUUGGGAUGAAUCAACUGCUGGAGAGAGGCGUAGUCGAGUCUCGAUUUGGGAGAUUGAACCCGUUACAGCACCAUUUUUCCUUUGCCCUACUCCUCCAUUCUUUAGAGCAAAGCGUCCAAGGCAACCCGGAAUGCCAGAUGAUGACGGUUCUGAUCUGGAUGGUUUUUUCAAAAGGACAAUGCCAUGGAUUGGCGAUGACUUUGGCAUGAAGGAUCCACAAGCUCUUCCCGGUCUGAGCCUAGCCCAGUGGAUGAACAUGCAGUCGAACCCUUCCCUGACCAACACGAUGCAGCCAAACUAUUUGCAUUCGUUAUCUGGAUCAGUUUUACAGAACCUCGCUGGAGGUGAUCUUACACGUCAAUUAGGUUUGCCUGGGCAACAAAUUCCUCAGCAGAGCAACUUACAAUUCAACUCUCAGAGGCCGGGCCAGCAAGUGCAACAAGUUGAUCAGCUGCAGAAGAUGCCUCCCGCGGCUAUGAACCCAUUAGGCUCGAUUAUGCAGCCACAGCAACAACUGACAGAGGUUGGUCAGCAACCGAGACAAAAUUUGGUCAAUCAAACAAUGCCGACAAGCCAAGUCCAGGCCCAGCUUCUGCAAGCUCAGGGUCUUGUUCAACCGCAAAACGUUCUUCAGCAGCAACAAUCAAUUCAACGAAACCUUCCUCAGAGCCUACCACCACAGCCCCCGCAGCAACAGCAACAGCAGAUUCUGAAUCAGACUCAGCAGCCGAGCUUCAUCCCAUCCCAUCCUUCCAAUCCAAUUACCCAACAGAUGCAUUUGCCCGACAACCAAAUUCAGCUUCAACUUUUACAGAAACUCCAGCAGCAGCAGCAACAAUCUCUUCUCGCACAGCAGUCCACAUUGCAACAGCCUUCUCAGCUCAGCCAGCUACCGGAUCCUCAGAAGCAUGUUUUCGAUGCAUCUCAGAGUUUGUCUAGGUCUAUGUCGACAAGCCAAGUUCAGGAUGUGUCCCAAUCCGUGUCUGUGUCACUGCCACAAUCCCAUAUGGUGAUGAAUAACAGCCAAACUAAGCUUCGGUUUUCACAACAACCUCAGCUACCAAAGCUUCAGCAGCAGCAGCAACCUAUGCUAGCGGAAUUACCCGGAACAGUUGGACAGACGCUACCCCCGACAACAAAUCAACUUUGUGCAACUGGCAGCAGUCUACUAACCGUAGGCGCAGGUGGUGGCCAGUCAAUCAUUACCGAUGAUGUUCCAUCGUGUUCAACUUCUCCAUCCACAAACAAUUGUCCCAACGGGGUUCAGGCAGUCAUGAAUGGCAGGGUUCAGAGAAGCACAGCAGUUGGCGAUGACAUAACGCAAUCCUCUGCUACUCUUUUGAGCUCGAGUGGUCUAGAAGCCAUGUCUGCAAGUAGCAGCUUAGUUAAAGAUAUACACCAGAAAGCUGAUGUUAAGAAUCACUUGAACAACAUGUCAAAGAGCCACCAGAAUCAAGGAUUCUUGACACCUCCGGUGUACCAUAAUGGCUCAGCAGCACAAUUGGAUUAUUUGGAUAGCUCAUCUUCAGCAACUUCUAUAUGCCUUUCUCAAAAUGAUGUCCAGUUACAGCCGGGCACAAAUCCAAUGUCUUUCAGCUCUCAGCCAAUGUUGUUUAGGGAUAUUACUCACGAUGGAGAAGUUCAGGGUGACCAAAGGAACAACAUGCCUUUCGCCACAAACAUUGACAGCCAGUUAGGAAUGCCCAUGAUGCCUGACCCUUUGAUCCCAAAGAACUUGGUUGGAUCAGAGAAGGAUUUCUCAAAUAAUCUUUCAUCAGGAGGAGGCAUGCUUUCUAACUACGAGAACCCCAAGGAAGCUCAGCCCGAACUCUCAUCUUCCAUGGUUUCUCAGUCAUUCGGAGUUCCAGACAUGGGUUUUAAUUCAAUAGAUUCAACCAUCAAUGACGGUAGCUUCAUGAAUAGGAGUACCUGGGCUCCACAACCACCAAUCCCACGAAUGCGGACAUAUACCAAGGUGUACAAACGUGGAGCUGUUGGACGAUCGAUUGAUAUCACACGAUACUCAGGAUAUGAGGAACUGAAACAAGAUUUGGCUAGAAGGUUUGGUAUCGAAGGACAACUGGAGGACAGACAGAGAAUAGGUUGGAAGCUUGUAUAUGUGGAUCACGAGAAUGAUGUCCUUCUAGUUGGCGAUGACCCUUGGGAGGAAUUCGUAAACUGUGUUCGCUGCAUCAAGAUUCUGUCUCCACAAGAAGUCCAACAAAUGAGCUUGGAUGGAGAUUUUGGGAAUAGCGUCCUCCAUAAUCAAGCCUGUAGCAGUUCCGACGGUGGAAAUGUAUAAUUUAGCUCUCUCCAGUGUUCUUCCAGCUAUUGUUAGGAGCUGGAAGCUGACUGAUGUAGUUGAUAGAAGUUUGCUGCUAUCAAAUAUGGCGGGGCGGAUAAUCAACAACCAACCGCCGCUUUCUUCAACAUUGCAGACUUAUAAAAGGAGCAAACCAGGUUCUUAUUGGAUCAUGGUACUUUGGCUACAAAAGCUGCCCAAUUAACUGUAUGUUGUAUAGGACAGCUGAGAGCAGAAGUUGGGUUGGAUUGCUCUAUAUGAGGAGGCAUAUAUAGGAACCUGGUUUUAGCAUAUAGAUGCCCUAGAAAUUAUGAUAUUGUUAGAUUAAUCUGAGGGUCUUUCCUUAUUAAAUGAACAGAAGAAUUGUGGGCUGUAGAAAGUAAAAAAGCUUGAUAUUUGUGUAAUACAAUGUAGUGUCUGAAUGUAUAAAUUAAAUGUGUAGAUUUCUUCUUGUGACUAAUCCUUGUAAUGGAAAUUCUUGAAGUGAGUUACUGAAUGAAGAAGGGUCAUCAGACAUUCACAUUUUUUCUA